CAAAUCACAAAGAAAUGGCCACAAAUCAGGCUCCCAAUCCUAGGGAGUUCAAAUCCUGGGAGGAUGCCUUCCAGUAUCCAGUUCCGGUGGUACGCCGGCUUGAACAGCAACUUCGGUCAAAUAUCAAUGAGAACAGCGACAAACUGCGUUCCCUGGUCGGCAACAGUUAUCGCGACUUGUUGGGCACAGCCGAACGCAUAGUCGAAAUGGAUCAUCAGAUACACUCCGUCGAGUCUCGUCUCGGAGACAUCGGCUUGAAGUGUAGCGCGCGGACUAUCGAGAGAACUGCUGCAAAUCAACAGAGGACUGCCAUGGCUCAAAGGGAUCGCAAUUCUGGUCGCAACUCUCUUGCUUCAAACAUUGCUCUUCUUCAACGAUGCAUGAGCCAGGCCGUCAAUCUCAUCAAGAGGGGUGAUUCUGCAUUACGUGCCGCUAAACUGCUCGUCAUCGCCAGAUUGUUGUACACCAGCGCCUCCAAAUCUCCGGACCCGCCAGCUCUGCUUGAUAGCCUGAAAUCGAAAUUGGCGUCUCUACGCCGCAGACUACUAAGCCAUGUCGACAAGCGAUUGGCUUCUGCCAAACUUGAGAAGUCUACCUUGGUUGAUACUUUAGCUGCCUUCUCUCUUGCAACCACAUCCACUCCGACCGAUGUUCUCAACCACUUCCUACAUGUGCGUGCCUCGACUCUCGGCGACUUGGUUGAGUCUCCUACGCAGACUGAUCUUCACAAUGCUUUGGAUCUACUUAUCUCGACCAUCAAGGAAGUUCAGGCAGUCUUCCCAAAACAACUUUCUGUGCUUCUUGGUAAGCUACAAGACGAGCCUCUCCUGCAGGACUCAGCCAUUCGCAACCUUCCGGAGCUCAAUCUUGAUAUCUACGAAAGAUGGAUUGCCGAUGAUGUGCGCAACUUCACACCUUGGCUUAGACACGAUCAGUUGCAGGGUUCGGCCGCCUCCAUUGUGCUCAAGAAGUGGGUUGCACAAGCAAAGUCGACGCUUGUGCAAGGACUCAAUUCACUGCUUGAUGGAACUCACGAUAUACCAGUCAUAAUCACAUUGCGAAAAGAGUUUGUAGCCCGUUCUCUAUCAUCCGACAGAAAGCUACCAGGCCUCGACCCAGCCAGCUUCUUCGAAGAGCUGCGAGCUUGUUUCAAUCGCCGCCUGCAAGAUUUUGUCAUCUCGUCUUCCAGUGGCGUCGAUCAUAUUGUCGGGGGUUACUUGCGAGGCGAACACGUUCAGUCUAUUGUUAGCCCCGAGCCUGCCGCCAGCCUAUGGAAUUCAGAGAAUCUUGAGAUCGACCCCGGAAAGGGCUCUAUCAAUUUCAGAAAUUUGAUACACAAUGCUUCGCAAGGGAAAGAUGGCUCUUUGCAAAGUGUGGUCCAAUCUCUCGGUAUAUGGUCGUCACAAUUGGCCACCCUGUCAAGCACGAUCAAGUCGAUGCGCGAGGACAGAUGGAACGAUGACCUUGAUCUCGAUAUCGAAGAUGAUUUUGAGAUCGACUCUCCUCAAGACCUGCUGGCUAGAGAAGACCCUGAUGAGUUGCAGAAACUUCUAGCAUCAGAGAAAGACAAAGCCCUCAAGGGUGUAUACGAGAAAGUCCAACGGUCGACUGAAGGUGAGGGCCGCGCAGUCCGUUUGUUGAGACUCUUGAGAGAGAUUGGCCAUCACGCCACAUCCAGUGAGGCUCAGGCUCCCACCACCAGGCCACCUCCCUCGCUCUUCCGUACAUUGCACGAGAUGCUCGCGGAACAGGUAUCAAGCAAAUAUUCGGACCAGCAGAAGGUGUCAAAACUCUUUGUCCGCUCAGCACCGACUGCUCUGUGGGAGGGCUCGCCACCAUUGCCAGUUCAGCCAUCACCCGCAUGUUUCAGGUAUCUUCAUGAGACGUGCAGGACAAUGAAAAAUGUUGGAAGCGAUCUUUGGUCUCCUCCAGCUGUAUCAAUACUCAAAAAUCGAUUGAGAAAGACUGUUCUCGAUGCGCUUGACGAUUUCAUAUCUGUCCAAGGCCAGACGAACGGUUCGACAGCAACGUCAGCUCAAGAAUUUUCCAACGAAGAUGCCGACGGCUCUGCAGAAUCAGCAGCCAAAGACGACCCCGAAACAAAUGGAUCAACAAGAAUCGAGACUCCAACCCGAAGCGCUGCUCAGAAUACCAAGCUCAUCCAAGCGAUCUUCAACUUGCUUUACUUGGACAAAAUGCUCUCAAUUUCCACCAACACUCUCGACAUCGUCACUUUCGACGAUGCAAUCACAGACAUGAAGAAAAAGGUGGAAUUGGAAGACAAUGCCAUUGAACGUUUGAGGAAGAGCUCUUUUGAUUACUACAAGAGAACAUACCUGCUGUUUGGACUUCUAGCUGUGGGAUGAGUGUGGUAAAUAGAACAAUUCCUUCAACUUUCUAUGUCCUGUCUCAUUAUAAGCUUGAAUUUCAAUAUUCAUCUCUGUCAUGUUUGAGGACACGAUUUUGCGAAGCACCUAUAGAGAUCAUGGUGAUACCUGCGGGAAUGCACAACUUUCAACCCGACUACGUUUGUGGCUUGGGAGACUCGCAAUGUCCGCUGGUGUCUUGCUCACUCUCUCGGUACAGUACAGGUGAUGCGUACUCAUCAAUACUCCUGCCUUUGAAGUGAUGGACUAGAUUUGAUCGAAAG